GGUUUGUUACAGUGUUGUGGAUCGUAUCUUGGAAGGAAGUGAUCUGUGUGGUUAUCUCACUCAGGCUGUUGAUGUAAUCCUCUGCCUUGAUAUAUCAGUGUUGCAGGUCAGUAUGGUUUUAAUAUGCCCAUAAAAUAACACACUCCUUCAAGGCUUUACGUCACUUUAUUUAUACCCGGAAAAUGUAAAGCAUUCAGAUAAUCGAUGAACGGAUAGGAAAAACCAUAGAUAUCUUAUAUACACUAGAUAGUGCAUCUAAUUAUUCUGCAAUUCAAAAAGAGAAGAUUCGUAUGUUUUGUAUUUCUUAAACAGGGAACUUAUACAUCAAGUUAACCCUACUCCAAAUACGUUUUUAAACUAUUUAAAUGAUGAAAGUUAUUGUUGUUUUUAAGCGUUUAUUAGCAAGUGGGAACGACCAACAUGGCCGCCAUCUAUUCAAAUGGGGAUAACCGCUGGAAUAUUCUUGGCUUCAAUUUUACUAAGAGAUGCGCUAUCUAGUGUAUAUAAGAUAUCUAUGGGAAAAACUCUGUAUAGGAAACUCAUUAUCACGCAUCAUGUUUUCAGCGUGCUGCAUGAUGGCGUCUCAAUCGUGUGGAAAAUUAUGACAUCACUAGAUCCAAAAUAAUUACACGUUUAGCAAUAAUACAGAUGAGCAUUUUACUGAUUUUCGUCAUUUCAGGGAGCAUAUCAAGCAUUAAAUAAAAAACCUGAAAACAAAGACAAACAACAUUCACUGAACAUCGAAUACUUUGUUGUGGCACAUCUAGGUUCAAAAGUGAAUGAAACCAUUUUGAAUGUCAAUAUAGCUACUUGAAAGCGAAAAAUAUGGGAAAAUAGAAGAGAAACACAGUAAAAUAUAAUAAACACAGUACUAUUAUUCGUUUUACUGUACUGUAUUCGCGACAUCAUGAAUUUCAAAUAGGUCAUGUCCGCUGACGUCAGCUGUCCUCUACAGUCAUUAUUUAAACUACCCAUGGUACCGCAAACACGACGCCAGAAGCAUGUUAUAUAUCGCUAAGGCAGCCAACACGACAAAAGACACCUGUGUAUGACUCUUCGCCAGCAAGCCGGGUCUGGGAAAGUUACCUCAAGUACACUUUACGGAGAUUAUUUCAGCCUAAUGUACAGUACAAAGAACAUCUUUUGACCGAAUGUCAUACUCUUGCUGCAUAUUAUGUACUGCAAUUUUAAAUUUUGUGAAUCAAAAAUAGGAGAGGGCCGCCCAGAUUAAGCCCUUGUUGAACACCACAUGUAAUAUAAUCUAAUUCCCAAUGAGGAUCUGGUGGUCAACCCCGUUAAUAAGGUCAGAGUUGAUGUUAACUAACCAUGAGUUGAUUGUAUAAAGUAAAAGGUUGAACUCGAAUAUCUUCCCUAAAUUCAGAUUAAAAUGUAGUAACAAUAUGGUUUUCUCUCAGCAAUUAGGUGACCACAGACCAAUUUCUCAAAUAUUUUUGCAGUGACCGGUGAAACCGUUAUUGGACAAUGCUGUAAUUUCCACACUCUUGUUUAUCCCCAGUUUGAAUCACAGAUCCAUCUCCGCACCAAGCAGUCCAAGAAUGAUAACAGAUACAGCAGGGACAUUAAACGAUUCAGCACUUGCCCUAUGCCACCUGAGUGGAAGGGCCUGAGUGAAAGUAUUUUAAAGCUCUUCUGCUUACCAAUAAGUCAACUUCGCUGAAGUGUAUGUCCACACUAUCAAACUGUACUGGAUUGACACAAUCUGCCAAUGUUGUUGUUGUUGUUGUUGUUGUUGUUGUUGUUGUUGUUGUUGUUGUUGUUGUUGUUGUUGUUGUUGUUGUUGUUGUUGUUGUUGUUGUUGUGCCAAUUUUUGCCAGCAGAGUUAAGACUAUGAACGAUAAAGGAAAGCUGUGUAUCGUAUCAUUUGAUGAAAUUUCUGUGAAGUCACAUCUGUUCUAUCAAUGGAAUACAGAUGAGUUAAUUGGGCUGGUGACGGGACCAAAACUAAUUGCAUGGCAACAUCUGCAAUCAUUUUUAUGGCCCGUGGUGUGAUAGAAAACUGGAAACAACUUCUGGCAUAUUAUCUCGUAAACGAAUCAUGUAUCAGUCAAAACGUUAAAGAGAAGUUGGUGGAGAUUAUAGAUCAAGUGGAGAGUAUACGAGUGCAGCUUGUAGCUGUUGUUUCGGAUGUUGGGUUUAACAUGCCUAUGACACUUGAUAAUCCGUAGAUUCUGCUGCAACGCACAUCAUUGGUGGAGUGAUGAACAAUCUAAUUAACUGUGGUUUAUCAUUUUGAUGGGAAAGUUGCAUCCUGGAGAAACACUGAAGAUCUAUAUACAUGGGAUUGACUAAAAAACACCAUUCUAUGUUGUCCAAAAUUGAUUGACCAAUAAUCAUAUACCCAAAUGGCUUCCAAAAGAUGAAGGUUAAAUUUGGUACCCAGGUUUUGAACCAUUCAGUUUCAGCAGCCAUGUUGAUAGCAGUGGACGGUGGUCCCCUUCCUUGAUCUGCAGUAGGGACAACGGACUUCCUUGAUCUGCAGUAGGGACAACGGAACUAAUAUCAACAGCUCAUCUUUUAAAAGUCAAAAGACUUACAAUCAACCAAUCAAAUCACAGUCUCCGCACUGCAAAUUUAUGCGAUAUGUGUUCCUUUGAUAAGAAGAUUGAAGAAAAUAAUCCAGCAACUGGCAAAGAUGUUACCUCCACAAUGAAGUGCUCGAAGGCUUUGCAGACCACCUUAAAUGGAACAGUCUUGGUGUGGAAGUCAAUACAGAGUACAACAAAGUUUUUUAUGCACGAGACGCUUUAACGAAGAUCUAUUAGAGAACAUGUUGGUUGUGUCAGACAAGGAGGUGGUAAUAGUGAUAUUACAGCGUUUAGGAAGCUCUUGUGUGAUAACUACUUGUCACCAUCAGUUGUUCAGCUGAUCUUGAUGCUAUACUUGUUUGGUAAAAGGCCACAACGGAGAAAAAAAAACACCAAAAAAAAGUUGGGUUCCAAAAAAACACAUUUGUAAUUCACGAAUAAAUGUUUAUUUAUGGCCAAAAUAUGUAAAAUGUUUUUAGCACUCAGACAUUUUUUAUACAUAAUAAGAAGAUAUAAGGUAAAUAUCCUGUUUAAUAAUUCUAGUAAUGCCAUUUUUUACCUUUUUUCCAUUUCACGAAAUGUAUUGGUGUGUAUUGUAAAUAACUGACAAUGAUGAACUUGACAAUAUUGAUUUCAUAGAAUUUAACUGAACCUAUCAAUAUAAAUAUCCCCACUCUUUGCUCACUCGCUGACCGCUUUGAUACAACUGUAUGCACAUUACUCGUCUCGGGUGUUUCUACACCGACCGCUUUGAUACAACUGUAUGGAGAUUAUGUAUGGAUAUGUUUGUAUUGAUAUAUUAAAUAGAUACUAAUCGGGCUCCCUGUGAUUGGGCUUCGACCAAUCCCCACAUGCACGAAAACGAGGCUCUAUAGCCAAGACGACGUACUUUCCGGAAGUGUGUGUAUUACGGUCGAAUUUCCACAGACAAAAGCCUCGACUUGGUGUUAUUGUUCUUCACCGUAAAAUGGUCUAUUAUAGAACUUAUAUACUUAACCUAAUUUCAGCAUUUUCUACCACAUCAAACGUUUCGAAAUGGUAUAUUACUAUAACAUCAGCAGGCCUUAAAAUAUCUUUUACAGGGUCGUCUGACAAAAUGUCCGAUGACUUUGAGUUUGGGUUGGACAUAUGUCCGAUGACCUUCAGUUCAGUUUGGGUCGGAAAUAAGUCUGAAUGACGCAAAUUAAUAUCAGCAUAAUGUAUUCAUUCUGAACUAAAUGUUGUGAAGAUAUUAAAUAAUUUGUGUCAUUCAUACUUAUUUCCAAGCCAAAAUUAACUUGCUUGCCAAUGAUAGCAGUACAACUUCGAUAACUUAAGCCCGUUUUCCACCUCACCAUUUCACUCGCCGCCCCGCAACAUUUUCGGUUCAUUUUUAUACAAACUCUGGUUCUGGACUAGGGUACAUUUUGAUUUACGUGCGUGAAGAAAGCGUCAGACAAAGCUACAGUUCGGUCGGACACCAAUACACUCAGGUCGGACAAACAAUAAACCUCAGUUUCACUUAGGUCGGACAGAAUGUCCGGUGGUUUCCUCUCUACGUCGGACAAUUUGAUGAAUGGGUCGGACAAUGUCCGUGACCGACCGAUAUUUUAAGGCCUGGACAUGAUUGGCGAUCUCGUACACGCAGUCAUCCUAAAGAUCGAAUCCAAAGCUUUCUCUGGAACCUUGAAGACUUGUAGCGUUAAUAUAAUGUACCACAUGUGAUGACGCGCUGGUUGUUUUAUAGGAAUACCUUGAUGCCUUUGUUGAAGCUGUGAACAGUGAGUUUGGAUGUCUGCUAGUGAUGGGGAAAAUUGCUGUUGCUUCAGAAAGAUGGUAUGUGUAGUACUUUAUGUCUUCUUGUUUUAGAUAUCUCCAGAAGCAAUGUAAGGUAGUUUUGUUUUCACCAUGGUAUCGCAUUAACAUGGAUUUCUUUUGUUGAAGCCGGUUCGAUUUGCAAAGUGUAGUAUUGUCUGGUUUGUUUUUAAUGCCUUUAGGUGAAUAAUACAUAGUUUAUGCGUCAACUAUUAAGACGGGUGGAACGUUUGACGGGUGGAACAUUAAGAUAAGUUAAGAGAAGUGCAUGAAAUUUUAUUUUAUUUUAUUUUAUUUUAUUUUAUGAAAAGUGCAUGAAAUUUACCCUUAAGAGCAACAACGUGGGUUGUAGUGUGUAUUUUAUUUACAAGAUAGAUUCAAGUUUGGAAAAGUAGUAAGUAUACAGACUAAUUGUACAUUCAACGAUAUGAACAGGAAGAUUCUGUCAAAAGUAACUAAUCCGGUUAGAAAAUCAGUUGUUGCAGAAAUGUAGAGAAUUUUUUUUUGUUUGUUUGUACUAGUGUGAGCAUAGACAAUCCUGAAGACAAUUGUCUUCUGGAUUGUCGUCUGGUGUGAGAAACUGAAUUUAUCAAGAUCGCAUUGUAAAUAUUUGAGAAAGAAAAAAGGUUCUUUACUUCCAACCAAUAAUAUUGGAAACAAUUUUAUGGAGUUUCCUGGAACGUUCAGGAUUAAGAUACUGAUAGAUCAAGUCUUGAAGAACGAAUGUAGUUGCUUGUCUCUCAAUAAGCUCCAGGAAAACAAGAUUGUGUCAAGGAGCCUUGCCGAAGCCUAUAUCUCUCAAUUAUAGGACGUAUAUACCAACCUCCGGGGACGAAUUUUCUCUCUGUAUUUCGUUUCACAAGAUUGAUGAAUUGACUUGUUAGAUCGGGUUGGACUAUUUGCAAGUAAUAUAUGUUUUUGUGAUUAAAAGAGAAUGAUUUUUAUUGCUCUCUCUUCUAGGUGGGAACUAAGCAGUACAGAGUUGGUUUUACUAUCGCUUGUGAUACAUUCUCAACCCGAGUGUUCGUCCAGAGAUAUUCCAAUUUUCCUGCCACAAGGCAGCCCAAAAGUAAGCACGAUGUUUAUAAAUCAUCUAUAUUACUUUGUGUGCAGUGAAGAGUAGAACGAAGUUGAUUUUAACCCGUGCAAAUAGUGGUGUUUUUAUUUUAGUUCAACCAGAGGUUUUAAACAGGAUGUUUUGUAAUAAUUAUACAGAUGAUCCACAUACAGUAUGCCCAUGCAUGGGAGCUUUCCAAAGUUGUGCUUACGACAAAACAAUUACAUAGUUUUAAUAUGUAGAUUUAUAUAGAUAAUUUAGAUUCUUGCAAUCCUAGUUCUUAUAAGCUUGAAACCUUAUUUAUCCAAGUGUGUUCAAACACCGCAAACCUAUUACAGUAAUUUUAAGCUGCUUUUUCUAUAAUAUGAUAUGAUGUUCUAUACAUAUAUUUUCUGGGGUUUUUCUUAUACACUUAUUUACAGUUUCUUCGUCAAUUCCCAACUGGGCAAUUCCAGGCAAUUACUGGAAAUUGUGUAAAUCAGGGCUGUCGCGAAGAGGCUAAACCAGGGGGGGGGGGGGUAUAGUAUCGCAUUCGCCGACAACAUUUCAGCCGCUAAUUAAUAUUGCUAACUAAUCAAUGUCGCUCAAAUAUUGUAGUUCCUUUCCUUCCUAUCCAAUUCAGGUUUUGCCGACAACCAAAACAAUUUCCCGACAGAUACGUCAUUUUUGCCGAUAAGAUGUUUUCAGGGGGUGUCACACCCCCACACCCCUAGCAACCGCCCUGAUUGUGUUUGGUUAAUUGACAUUCACUUUGUUUACGUUUUCGCGUGAAUCGCCAUUUUCCUGUACUAUGUAUAAUUCAAAGCGUUUAUGUUGCAUUCGGAAAAUGGUAGUAUACGAUGAUGUAUUUAAUAAGUCUAUGACAUUUUCUAAUUACAUGGUUGUAUUUUCUAAAUUUAGGUUGCUCAUAGGCUUGUCACUUUUCAGGUGAGCUUACGUAUAUUGACUAUCAACAUUUGGUUUCAGCUCGCUUCUUUUGAAAAUAAAGGACGUUUAUGAGUCAAAUAGAACAAAUACACUUCAUCGUGCAUGUUCUUGUUGAAGUUGUAUAGGACUACUUACUAGAAAAAAACCGCGCUUUGAGUUGGACACGCCAACCGCAUUUAAGGAAGGGAAAUCAGGGCAUGGUACUCGCGUUAAGGAUAACUUGUGCGUUCUCCCUGAUUAUAAUAAUUUCCGUUAGAUUCUUGAAGGUGUGGAGGUUUGUGUGAUAUGUGGUCCAAAUCCAAGUUUACAAGAAAUUGAACAGAAGGUAAUUCAAAAUUAUACAAUUAAUUACAUAUCCCUAAUUGUCUAUCUCUCUUAUGAUUACCUGCACUUAAAUUAUUGAGUAUUUCACACAGUUAUCUUUAAAGAAGUUAAUAAUACACGUGAAAACAUUUCAAACAGUACACUUACUGCAGUGCAAUUAACAACAAAAGAGUGUAUAGAGUCCGGAAAAGGGACAAGAAAAAUUAACAUGAUAACAAAGGACAGAUAUUGGCAAUGUAAACUGUCACUUUCUGAACGGCACUUUCUGAACGGAUUUUUGACUGAAAAAUAAGUACAAUGUUUGUAAAUUGAAGUAAAAUGGUUUACUGACAAGCGAUAAAAACAAGUGUAAGAAAUAGAAAAGCAAUCGCGUGCUCUUAUGGUGUUAUGAUGCAGGAGGGGAACGUUGGGAGAUUACGAGCAACACGUGUAUCGUAUCUUUUUCAAAUUACACUCGAAGCCAUCGUGUUACCUGUAUGUAAAGCAAAUGUACUUCGAGUAACGCAGAAUAACUUGAAAUAUUUUUCAACUCAUCAGGCAAUGAGUAUGAAAGCCAAGCUCCAAUAUAACGAGAAAUGAACUACAUAACUAAAAAUUGACAUAUAGAUCUAGAUAGUCAUAACAAAUGGUUCUCUGUUAUUUUAGCUUGUAUUCAAUUACUGGAAUCCUGCAAUGGACACGGUAAAACAAUGCUUGCGCUCUCAUCCCAGAAAUUUGACACCCAAUAUGUCAUUGGAUAAUGGAAUACUAGGGUAUGACAACAAAAACGUGUCUAUUACGCGAAGCUGGUAUGAAAUAGAGAAUAAUUAUGGCUAAACGUAACGCUGGCAUUUUAAUUGAGGCACUGUAAAUUGGAAGCACCGUUCUCAAUGUGACGAAAUUAUAAUGAUUCACGCAUAUUGACGACAUGGAACGCCGAUCCUAUAGAGAUGAAGAUGGACGCACUAAAUUACUACACUGCCACCAACAUUCUGUAAUCUGUUGUUCUGGAUCUGGACAAAUAAUAUUUGAAACGAAACCCUUAUCGUAGAUUCUUCAUUAUACCCUCUGGAGGAAGCCUAUUCUUUUCAGGGACGUUUUAAGAGGGGGUUAUGUCAUUCAACUGAACCUCAGAAGUAGGAAACGUGGAAUCGUGAACUUCUAGGACAAUUAAUAAGCCUAAAGUUGAACAGUAUAUCUGUUUGUUUCUUGUGAAGGAAGGCGGGAUUAAUAGGGAGGGCGCGUGGGCGUUACGGGGAGGGGCUUAUUGCAUGUGAAUUUGACGAAAGACUGGAAAAGACUGUUAAAAGCAGAAAAUUAAGAAAGAGACCCAAAGUCAAGUGAGGUUGACCAAUUUAGAUAAAUACGGUAAGAAUAGUGAUUGGAGGUUUUAGGCGGACGCUUCGUUCCCUAAAUACAAUGUAUUUUAUAGCAAAUCUUGCAUUUUUUAAAGUUUGCUGUUUGUUCUGAAUUUAUUCCAAUGUGAUAAAACUCUGUAUUAGGUACUAAUUUUGAGAUAAAUGUCGAAAGGUUUUUACACUCCGUCCCAGUCUCCUUGUCAACUUCAGAAUGGCUAUUGAAAAGAUUUGGGAUAAUCUAUUUAUUCAAUAUACAUAUUUAGUGUGAUUGUUUUAAACUAAAUAGAAAUGUUGUGCUUAUUUGUUAUUAGUUUUAUUUUGGUUAAUACCGAAGAACGAAAGUGUCUAUGCAGUGUCUUUCCUGGUGGUGUGCAUUCUAUUAAUAAUCAAGCUAACCAAGGUGCACAUGUAUUCAAUUAUUAUUAAGUUAUAGCUAGAUUAAGUCAAAUUCCUCACGGGCAAUGCGUAUACCUUAGAAUCAGCCAAGAUUGUGCCUCAUCAUGCAGACAUAGGAACGUUAUAUACAAUUAAGAAACAUUUAUCGAACACAACAAAUAUUGCCUCCGCCAGGAGAUUUGUCUGUUCGUGGUAUUGCUUGUCUGUCCAUCUGAAGAAUACCUAUCAUACAGUUUAUAUAAUGCGAGUCUUUGUGGUGCUGAUGGCCAUUAGCCAAGGACCAAUCAAUUAGAUUUUGGGUUAAUUUGAAUGGACAUUGGAUGAGAAGUUUAGGAAUGCAUGUUCUCCUAUCCUGUAAUUACUGCAUUUAUAAUUUAUCCCAUGAAUGAAUACUUGACUUAUUAGUGGCAGAGGUGUUUAGUUUCUAAGUGUCCUCUAAGUAAACUUAUGUACUUUUCUGUCUCAUCGUUUAGGUCUAACCAGAUCUCGUCGAAAAUCCCUCUUAACAUCGUUCUAUAAAUCAGUAGUUGGAUUAUUGUUCCCCUCCCCGAAUCCGGCUGAGGAGUUGCUAGAUGAUGCUGGCUUGGAUAUUACCCAUGAUGCAAUGGAAACCUAUCAAUGUGCCACUGACCAUAAAGCGUAUGCACUCAGAAAUGAAACACAUCAACUUUUCUUGCUCUUUGCAAGCAAUGUGCCCACAUAUGCACUGAGGUGAGGACUAAGUGUUAAAUAAGCCAUUAAUACCAAGUUAAUAGAAUAGAAAGAAAACAGAACACAGACGUCCAACAUUUUCCGUGUAAAUUAUAGUGUUUCCAACCAAAAUCCUAAAUUUGUGGGACACAUUGUUCGGACAAAAAAAUAGUAUAAACAAUUUGCGUAGACAACUGUAAAGUUGUUGUAUUGAAGCGAUUCACUCUAUAGUUUCUACAAUGAAACCGAAUAAAUGUCAGACCAAAUAUAUACAUUUUCCCAGACAAUUUUAUUUAUUUUUAAACGUUAUUUCAGGCUCUGUACUGUUGACUAGUUGUGCGAAAAUAUGAUUGUUGGUAUGUGGAGUAUUUAGGUCAUUCUGAGAAGACAUUUAUCUUUGUAGUAUAACCUUUAUCCUGCAGUCAAUUGUUUCACUGUCAAAGUUUCCGGAUUUGAUGUCAUUAUAUGAAUUUGCAAAUUAAUUUUCCUUUGUUUUUGCCUAAAAAAAUGUAGCGAGUGAAAAAGUUGAUCAAGGUGAAGUGUUUACUAUAAAGAUAUAUUACAUUUCUUCAUAGAAUCACCCAUUCAAAAUAUAUUCAUACCGAAAAUCAUCAAAUUCAAAAGAUCAAUUCUUCAAGCUGUGAUUGUUUUUUUUUUUAGAAUGUUGACAGAAGAAACAUUAAAUCUUCUUACGAAGGACCAUCUAAUCUAGGAUAUCAGCAGAACGGACAUUUAUUAUAGCUAAUCGUUCUGCAACCAGGUUGCGGUUUUGGAGUGAACAUAAACAAACGGUGUCAUCACAAUGGAAUCAUUAGUGGAUCAACGCCGCAAUGAGAAUUACCCUGAGCGAUAUGGUAAAACCCCCAGUCAAAAGAAGGACCCGCAAAAUUCGAAAUAGAUGAGCAGCUUGGGAAUAAAGGACACAAUAACAGUUGUUUCAUUCAUUUUUUUGUAACUUCUGACUGUAUCAGCUGAAAUCAAUAACAUGAAACGUUACGUUGAAUUUAAUGAUAAAGCGUCGCGGAAUAUUGAAUCGUGGUGCAUGUUUAUAUAUAUAUAAUAUAAAUAUUGAAGUCACAUACGAUAUUUACAUUCAUAAUUUAAAUUUUAGAUUUUGGAAAGGUAAAAACGAAUAUUUUACACAUAUUAUACGUACAAACUAUUUACAACCCAAAUGACGUACGAUUCAUAUCAUUGUCGAUGUCAAGAGAUCCAGCAUACGAUAACAAAUAACAUAUAUUUGACCUCUAAUAUUUGAUAUCUAAUAUUUGAUAUUACAAUUAUAUAAAUUUUUCUAAUAAGGGAGAAGGACUUAACGUUUCUUUGAUGGAAGUGACUUUGACUUUGCUUGUGUUCUUGCCCUCGCUUGAGACCUUUCUGCUUUUAAC